UUUAUAUAAUAAUUGAAUGUCUUGGAACCUCGUUGCCACUAAAGGUAAGCCAAUCCAGUAGAAAAACCUGACUUUGAGUAGACCCUAAAGAACAGAGGGCAAUCGUUCUCCAGAAACAUGUUAGAGGAUGGCUGGUUAGAGCUAGAGGCAAGAGAGAAUUUGCCAGACUCCAGCAGGAAUGGAAAAACAACGAAAUCAAACAAGGAUGGGGAUAUAUUGUACCUAGCAUGUUCGAUCCUUCUUAUGACACACUUAAUUGACACAAAGUAUUUGAAAAUGAGUUGGCAUCUUCUAACAACUCCAAGUCAUCAAUCGAAUCUAAAAUAAUUUUGAUCCAAAAGUUCUUCAGAUGCUGGCUUGCCAAGAAAAAAACUCGGAAUCUCUUGAUUCAACGCCAAGAAGUUGAGACACAGGCUGCGAGGAGAAUACAGUCUGCAUGGGUUGCUUGGAAACUUAGGUUCUAAAAGAUUUGACCUGAAACUCAGAAUGAAACUGCAGAUGAUAGAGAAGAUCAAGGAAGAAAUCGAGAGAGUCAGAAAGAGUUCCCAUGCAGAGUUUUACAUUGAAAGCCACUGCUACUCUCAUCUUUCCAAGAUAACUGCUAACUUCCAUCAUCAGCAGUCUCUUUAUGGGUUACAGUACAUGAAGCCUCCAGAGUGACUAGAAAUCACUCCUGGUUGUAUUUCCGACGAUAUUUACUGUGUACUUCACUCAGGUCGCAGAGAAAGUCUGCCUGAGGUUGUUUCCUAUUCCAAUGCAGUUGGCACAGAAUGCAUGGACUACUCCUCAGGGAUCGAUUCCAUCCGUCGUCUUCAGUUUGUUAGGUUUAGAACCUACAAACAAGAUGUGGGGUGGAAAAUUUGGGCGCUGAUGUUUCAGACAUUACAAGCAUCUAAGAAUAAUGAAGUGUUUGUGAAAGCAUAUACAAUUGAAGACAUGAAGAACCCAAUGUUCUUCAGUAGAAUCAGAAAAGUUUGGAAUUGGUUUGAUAUUUGCGAUGAGCUCGGAUUUAGCAAACCGAGCUACGCCACUACAAAUAGGGCAAACAACACCUUUAAACAUUCUGGGUUUAUUCUUGACCAGAACGAUGUUGAAAGCUUUGGAUAUCUUGAACAUAGUGAUCUUGACUUCAAUAUUGAACCACUAUCCGGCUGAAAAAUCUCCUAUUUCCAGACUCUCCGUUCUAAUUUGUUUGCAAAGAAAAACCAAAUAGUUUCACAAAAAUCUCGAAAUUUGCCCAUUAAAGAGCCCAUAUUUAAGGUUUCUAAAUAACUCAAACACCUCUUACAGGCUUAAGAAGAGGUCUCAAAUCUUGAUCUCAAAGUCCCUAACUAGCAAGACAACGAUUCUGAACAAAGACUUGCAAGAUGUUAAGAUAAGUGUGAUCAAGAAGCCCAACAAAAAGCAAGCAGAUCUUCACAGAAACAUUGUUCAGCCUGGUAUCCAAGAAGCCAUUCCUCGAGUAUAUUCACGAAAUUGCCAGGGACUGCCAAGUCAGACUUCUUCGAUACCUCGUUCUGUGCAGAAAUCUCCUUUACACAGCAAUAAACACAGAUUGUCAAAGCUCUCCAACAACUCAGUCAGGAGCAAGCCCAAAGUUGACAACAUCAGAAAGCGUUCUUCUCAAGUCUGGUACGGCAAAGCCAUUCAGCAGAAGAUGCUGCCAUCCAAGUUUGGAGCUGAAACCAGUGUUGUGAAAACAACACUCGAGAUGGGUCAUGUCAAGAAGAAUGUGUACUGGAUCAACAAAAAGUAUGAUAGCCAAGAAGAAUUUAACAAAUAUAAACAAUCAACAAGCUUUCGGUCAGACCGUAAGAUUGUUGUGGACCCAAUCAAGAAGUCAACCAGACAAGACCGAAUCACCAAACUGGCUAAGAGCCUUAAGUUUGGAACUCAGCGGUACCAGAAUCAAGACGCAAGUCCUUACAUAAACUUGAAAUCCAAGAUCUUCGGGUUGUUCAAAAAUGCAAAAAUUCAGUCUCUAAAGAAUGGAAAAGCCAGCAAGAGUUGAAGCAAGCGUGAACAAGACUUGUUUCUAGAAGCAGCCUGACUGAGUCGCAACAUGAAGCGAUACGACUUGGGAUUCUUUAACAAGAGAAAAGCUAAAAGUAACUCAAUAUCUGUUGAAAGAUAG